AUGAAAGUGGAAUAUAACUUGUUAAAUCCCAUCAAUAAUGCGGAGUGGUCGGGGAAGAAUCUGAUCUCUGUUUACGUGACAGAAAAUUUCUUUCUUGUUGAUAAGAAAUCCUUGAAGGUCGAGAAUGUGAUGGAUUUCAGUUGGUCUCCUACUGAUCCAAUUCUUGCCCUGUUUGUUCCUGAAUUGGGGGUGGGAGCUGGGAAUCAACCUGCUAGGUUGGAAUUUUACAAUGUGGAUGAGUUAGAAACCAUGGCAACUGAUGAACAUUUCAAGGCAACAGACAAGGAAUGGGAUCCUACAGGAAGGCGUGCUGCAACUGCUGUGACUUCAGUUCAUGAGAUGGAGAAUGGAUUUAACAUUUGGUCCUUCAAUGGGAAGCUGCUUUACCGGAUAUUCCCCAAUAUGCAUUUGCUUUCAGUUGAGAAACAGAAAUGCAUAAACUAG